AAAACAGUUAUAUUAUCACAUAGCCGCGACUGUUUUUGCCUCUGAACGACGUUACGGGUGGUUCCAGAGAUCACAGACGUUUCCCUCGUCAGCCUUUCGCCUCGGUGUGUCCGGCGGCAGUGUCAUUUUGCGGGCAAAGCCACACAGGAUGAAAACCUUGAUGACCUUUAAAGCCUGAACUCACUUCUACCUGAAGGCCCAGGGAUUGUAAACGGUUCAAACGUUUAAGCAUGUGGCUCAUGGCUGCCACAAUCCAGCUACUUCAAAGGAUUUUUUCUCCCAUGGCAUUUUAACAAAGGAAAGGAGUAUCGAAAGUAUAUAAAAAAAAAAAAAACACUGGAUCACAAGGCCUUUCUUUCAAGGAUAAUCAUAAAUGUAUAGGCCUGCACAGGGAUGUAUCAACAUAUUUUUCUAUAAAGGCCUCCCUGGCUUUCUGUGUCCCUUUUUCCAGAAUAAGUAACCUGACAAAAGAGACUCCCAUGAGCAACUCUGCAGGAGGUCCGGUAACGUCGACAUGAGUAGUACUUUAGGCAAAGAAAAAGACUCGAAAGAAAAGGACCCAAAAGGGGGUCCAGCGGGGAAAGAAAGGGAAAAGGAGGCCAAGGCUCUGGCCAGCUUAGUCAAGGAUGGUGGCAAGGAGACCAAAACCAAAGGGAAAGAUGCCAAAGAAGGAAAGAAGGACACCAGCAGCACACCGCCGGCUGUCGCCUUCUCCGUUGACAACACGAUAAAGCGGCCGAACCCGGCGCCAGGUACGCGCAAGAAGUCCAGCAAUGCCGAAGUGAUCAAAGAGCUCAACAAGUGCCGAGAGGAGAACUCAAUGAGGCUGGACCUGUCCAAACGGUCCAUUCACAUGCUGCCCACCUCCAUCAAGGAGCUGACACAGCUGGCUGAACUCUACUUGUACAGCAACAAGCUGCAGAGCCUGCCCGCCGAGGUGGGCUGCCUCUCGGGCCUUGUCACCUUGGCCCUGAGCGAGAACUCCCUGACCAGCCUGCCUGACUCGCUGGACUCCCUGAAGAAGCUGCGGAUGCUCGACCUCCGGCACAACAAACUGAGAGAGAUCCCUGCUGUUGUCUAUCGGGUGACAUCGCUGACCACAUUGUAUCUGCGCUUCAACCGUAUCACAGCAGUUGAGAAGGACAUCAGAAACUUGUCCAAGCUCACCAUGCUCAGCAUCCGUGAGAACAAGAUUAAACAACUUCCCGCCGAGAUAGGGGAGCUAUGUAACCUCAUUACUCUGGACGUAGCCCAUAACCAGUUGGAGCACCUACCGAAAGAGAUUGGGAAUUGCACACAAAUAACCAACCUUGACUUGCAGCACAACGAGCUCUUGGAUCUCCCAGAGACUAUAGGCAAUCUGGCAAGCAUAAAUCGCUUAGGUCUGAGGUACAACAGACUGUCAGCUAUCCCCAGAUCGUUGGCCAAAUGCCGAGAACUGGAGGAACUAAAUCUAGAAAACAACAACAUCUCAGUGUUGCCAGAGGGCCUCCUGUCAAGUUUGGUGAACCUGACUAGUCUGACGCUGGCGAGGAACUGCUUCCAGUCGUACCCAGUGGGUGUGACCCUCCAGUUCUCCACCAUCUACUCCCUCAACAUGGAGCACAACCGUAUCAACAAGAUCCCCUUCGGCAUCUUCUCCAGGGCCAAAGUGCUGAGCAAGCUCAACAUGAAGGACAACCAGUUAACGUCUCUUCCGUUGGACUUUGGCACAUGGACUAGCAUGGUGGAGCUUAACCUUGCCACCAAUCAGCUGACCAAGAUCCCAGAGGACGUCUGUGGCCUUGUUUCUCUUGAGGUGUUAAUAUUGUCCAAUAAUCUUCUGAAGAAGUUACCACAUGGUAUUGGGAAUUUGAGAAAGCUACGGGAACUUGACUUAGAGGAGAACAAGUUGGAAUCCCUACCUAAUGAAAUUGCUUACCUUAAAGAUUUACAGAAACUGGUGUUGACCAAUAAUCAGCUGACUACGUUACCCCGAGGCAUCGGCCACCUCACCAACCUGACUCAUUUGGGUCUUGAGAACCUACUCCAACACCUGCCUGAGGAGAUUGGUACACUGGAGAACUUGGAGGAACUGUACCUCAAUGAUAACCCCAACCUGCACAGCCUCCCGUUCGAGCUGGCCCUCUGCAGCAAGCUGUCCAUCAUGAGCAUCGAGAACUGUCCGCUCAGCCACCUGCCGCCCCAGAUCGUCGCAGGAGGACCCUCCUUCAUCAUCCAGUUCCUCAAGAUGCAGGGACCGUACCGUGCCAUGGUCUGAGCCGAGGGCAGCUCGGUAGCUCCAGUCCUACUUAACCCCCCAAGCCCCUGCCCCACAGCCUCUCGCCUGACCGCCCCAUCACGCGUGUCAUACACUGUAAAGAAAAAAGAACUCGCCACAAGCAGUGUGGGGGGCAAACCAAUGGAGGAGGAGCAGGAAAACGCUCGGCUCCUUCACCAUCCUCGGGCAAAAACAAGGCCAUUCUAUGGAGACUUGACUUCCACGUUACUCUAGAGUUUAUCAUGGUCAUUUUUGGACCCCAACCACUCCCACUCAUCUGUUUCAUUCCAAAUCAUGUAAGAUGAAAAAUAUUUCCAACUCUUUGCCAAAACUGAAGAUAUAUAUAGAUAUAUAUAUUGAGUAACUGUGAGCUAAGUGGCAGUCUUUUAUCAUAUAAACCGUGCUCCCAUUGCCAAUGUAUUUACAGUAAAUGCAAGCAUCUAUUAUGUGAGCAAAGAUACAAUUGUAUGCAAAAACAAACAAAAAAACAUUGGGAACUUCACAUUUCCUGCUGCUGCCGUAAUUCAUGUUAACUUUGACAUCUAUUCACAUUUUCUUUUGAUAUUUUAUUCCCUUUUUUUUUUACCACUUGUUGACUAAAAUAUAAACUUAUGUUAAUAGCUUCUUGACGAUAGAGAACAAAGGUCUAAUGAUUGCGUGUUCAUGAUUUUUUUUUUUUUUAAUGUUUUCAAAAACUGUGCCUAAGUUUAGAAUGACCCAAUGGUUCAUCUCUAAACAGAAUUGUCCAUGAGAAUACAAAGGUAUAAAUUAUUUCUAUAAUUUUUUUUUUAUUAUUACUGCUGUUCUUGCUUUUUAUUUUUUCCUUUUUUAUCGUUCCUUUUGCUGUUGCAUUAAUCUGUAAAAGCAAACGAUAUCAGUUGUAAAAUAAGGUGAUCGGAGAUCUUCUUAACAAAUAGCAGCAGUAGUUGUUAAACCUUAAGCUAGUAACGUAUACAUACAAGAAAUGCAAAUCAUAAAUGCUUAAAAAAAAAAUAAGUUGAACUGAAAAUUCUCCAAAAUGGGCGGUGCUGUGGCCCCCAUAUAUAUUACUUUGGUGUGACAACAUGGUAUUGAAAGUUAAAAACAUACAUAGGUGAUGGGAUAAGUGAUUGGAGACAUUUUUAUAUAUGUAUACAAAUCCUGGUUGUUGCCUUGAGUGCAGUUUUUAGUUCUUAUGUUUACUUGUUGGAUAUUAUCUUCAGUGUUGGGCCGCACAGCUGUCAUCCAGUUGAUCACUGACCAACAUAUCAAACAUUUUUAAAGUCGCUAUCUUGGCCUCUGGAACAAGUGGUUGAGUAUGUCAGAGCUUCAGAAACGGUAUGGAAAACCAUCGACAAUAAUCGCUCAUUUCCUCUCCGCUAUUUUCGAUACUUCCCCAUUUUAGCUAUCCUUAGAUUUCUAGCAAUGUCUCCUACAAAGAGUCCUCUGAUUAUGUCAUGGAAGAUGUUCCCUGGAUUGUAUUUUUUGUUUUAAUUUUAGUAUUUUAUUUUGUCCCACACUGUCCCAGCAAUGCUGCUGCUCUUAUGCACUUUUUUUUUCUUUUUUUCUUUUUUUUUUAAUCAAGACAUUGGCAUCCUCUAUAUUAUGGAAAAACUCAAUAGCCUCUCAUUGGUUCUUUUGGAUGGGUGCAUUUUGUUUCAUAAAUGAGUAAGUAUUUUAUCUGAUAAAUGAACGGUUUAUCAUGUAAAUUUGUGUCAAUUGAAUAUUAAUGUGGAGUUUCACAGGCUCAGAAUAUGGUAGUAAUUUUCUAUGGGGGAGGUUUCAUCCUGCCAAUAUUAAAUGGAACUUGCUUUCUUGAACUGUAAAGAGUCUUAAAGGGUCUGUGUGGCUUUUGAGAUUCCCAUAUCCUGCUUUCUUCACUGCUAGCAAAAACGGCUUAAGUUGAUUUGUUUCAGUUCAGAUCAGCGUAGUUUAUUUUGAAUCAUUUUACAUUUUAGUGUUGUUGGGUUUUUUUUUAAGUUCUAAAUGAUGAAAUGUGUAUUCAAUUAGUAUUAUUUCAAGUGACUGUACAUUAAAAAUCCCAACAAAGGUAAUCAAACCAAAUUUUUUUUUUCUUUUUUUUUUUUUUCCUUUUUUGGAAAAUGUGUUGCGUCCAAACUCUAUAUUCAAUCAUUACUCUAUUUUGUAUUGAAAUGUGUGGGUCUACUUUUUUUGGCAGCAGCUUGGUGUUUGUUUUUUUUUGUUUUUGUUUUUGUUUUUGUUUUUUUGUUUUGUUUUUUGUUUUUUGUUGUGGGGUGUGUGGACCGAUCUCCACGGGAGACUCAAGUGAGAGCACCGCAGCCCACCUGGGGAGGGGGAGGGUGGGGGUGGAGGGGGUCAGGCAAUGUACCGCUGCUUCUAAUUUACCAGCAGAACCUGUUGCUGCUUUUGUGAACUGAAACAUAUGCUGUACAAGACAGGGGGCCGGGGAGGGAGGGGCCCGGGAAAUCGAUCUGCUCCUAACACUGAUACAGACUCCACUCCAAAACAUGGCGGGGGACAAAUCCACUGACCUUUUGACCUUUUCCGAAUUGGCAUCAGGCCUGGUGGUUUUCAAACAGAUCAAAUCGUUUGGACCCAACGACGAGACAACAACAACAACAACAACAACAACAAGGUGCAUAUAUGAGCUUCAACGCAGUUCCAGUACAAGACUGUCGGAAAAAAGACAAAAAAAUGUAAAAAGGGCUUUUCUCUGUUUAUGCUCAACAAUACAACCGGAGGCAUUGCAUUCCUGGGUUUUAUAUAAGAAGCUUCGGAAAGAUUUUGUUUUUAUUUGUGUAUUUACUUUUAGCUGUAAACAAUUGUGUGAAAAAAUGCCUUCAACGAGUUCUCAAAAGUGAGAUGUGCAUUAGGUAUGCAGCGAGAGUGCUGUGUCCCAUUUUUACAUUCAGUCUCUCUGUUUUUACUUUUGUCAUGUGCCAUUUUGCAAGGUUGAGAAUGCCGGUGUGCGAAGACACGGAGAGAGGCGGGCGGGGGCAGGUGGAAGCUGAGGCUGAAACAGGCUGAUCCAGCAGAGAGCAUUUAUCAGAAAUUGGGAAUGUAGUUUUAAUGUGCUUUGGAGGAAACGGAGAUCACCGACUGGCUGCCCAGUUAAAGGUGCGCUCAGCGUGACCCGGUAUUGGAUCACGAUCACGAUGUAUUGCAUAGGCUACUGGUGCAUCCAAAAUAAUUGGAGUAUAAUUGGUGUUUAUUUUUCUAUUGUCUGUGAUUUUCGGCCAUGGAGAGCGUCUCAGAAUCAAGGCCAUUUUGUUCCUUUCACUUUUUUUUUUCCUUUUGUCUUUUUUCUUUUUGAAUUGUGCAACUGUCUCUUUGGUCUCCUUUCCUUGCCUGGUUAUGUUGUAUAGGAAACAAGCAUGUUAAAAACACAUUUGACAUGAUUUGUAUGGGUCGGAAUCAGGCGUUUUACAUAGAGGACUUUGAUUUAGUGGCUGUUUGGUAUCUGUAAAUGCUCUUGAUUUUUUUUUUUCUCUUCUUUUGUAUAUUGCAAAGGGUAUCAAAGCAUUGUGUGGCAAUGCUUAACAUACUUACUCUACAUUGACAAGCAGCCUUAAUGGUCCUUUUUUUUUUUUUUUUUUUUUUUUUUUUUGCCUGUUCCUUGUGUCUAUGGCCACUGACUGUACUUGAUUACAAGCAACUGGUCGCUACAAUGUAAAUUUGGGUCUAGUUUCUUUCCGUCAUUAUUUUCCUUUCGCUCUGUACAGUUAAUCUGACGUCAAGGUAGACUCAGCAGUAGGUCCAGAUUACAGAUGGGUAGUGUGGUGAGAAUCCUGCAGAAGACAAAGCGUGCAGUGGAAGGUAAUGCCAUUGUGCUGCCCAGUGGAUGUGCACUGGCUUGCGUCUCACUCGUCUCCGGCAUUAAAGGGGAAUUCCAUCAAAAUAGUCUUGCGUUGUUAUUCUGCACAGGCAGUCUUUUGUUGUUUUUCUUUUUUUUCUCUCUUAAUUCUGUGUCUUGGCUUUUGAGCUAAAAAAAAAAAAAUCCUGAGAUCAAUCAAAAAAAAAAAAAAACAACAACUUUGUCAUCAUCAAAUCUAAAUUCCCUGUGAUCAUUUCCCCCUCCUCCUUUUGUAUUCAGCCAAAAUAUUUGUAAUAGAGCCACAGCAACACAGCUGUCAUAAAUACAUACAAUAAUAUAUAUAGAAUAUUUUUCCCAUCUCAGGCAGUUUGGUGUGUUAAUAUAAGAUUGUCACGCUUCUCAUCUUGAGUAACACAGUGUCCACUUUUGCAGAAUAACAACUCUGUUUUAGUGGAAAAGCCCUUUUAAUGUGAAGCCUCUCCUACUGCUCAUCUACCUGAGACCCUGACUACCCCCAACCCACCCACCCCCCACCCACACCAACACACACACACACCUUCUAUAGUAUCUGCAUACAUUUACUUGACUGCCUUAUGUGCACCAAGCGAAACCUUUACAACAGUUUGAUUUAAUCAACAAAGACAGAUAAUCAGUCUCUUUUUCUUUUCUUCUUUGUUUUUCUUUCUUUUUUUAAUGACGGUGAAAGGAUCUGGGUCCAUGGAUUGAACACGUUUAGGCAGCAAAGUUUUUCGGUCACUCCCUUCUCGACUGGAUGAGCAGAUGCAGACAUGACUACCUCUAUGCGAGUCUUCAUUGCUAACUACAGUGACCAAGAUCCAGUCUGAGGUGUUUCUACCUGUGUACAUACAAGAGCUGUGUGGGAUCUGGUGGCAGCGGGAACUUGGAUUUGGACCAGCAGUUCAACAAUUUCUUUUACUACGCAUCCUCUCUGUUCUGUUUUUUUUUUUUUCCCUUUGGUUGGGUUCUUUUUUUUUUUUUUUUUUUGAAAUAUGCCUUUACUAAGUAUUAUUUGGCAAAUGAAAAAGAGGAAAACUACACUGAUUUGUUUGCUUGGUUGUAAAUGACAAACUUAAUCAAUGCCGCCCCAUUGUAAGACAGCUCUCCUGAAACCAACUCGUUGCAAAGAGCGCUACUUUGCAAAUGGAUGAAAAUGACCAUGUUUGGUGAUGUUCUGUAUGUACAUACAUCUUUUUAACUGUAAUAAACCGAUAAAUAUUUACAAGUUCA